CUAAGGCCCAGUUUCUCAAAGCAUGAAGAGAAUAACAGCAAUUGCACUGGUCUUUGUUUUGCUGCUGACUUGUAUAUAUGCUACUAAAGAAACUACAAAGAGGAACAGGAAAUCUAAACAAUCUGUUCCACAGAUUGAGUGUGCCAUCAAAGCUGCAAAGAUCAUCAACCCAGAAUUUAUUGCUAAGUGUCCCUUGGGAUGUCAGGAUGUUAAAUAUCGGGUCUAUGGCACUGAUAUCUAUGCCUCUUUUUCCAGUGUUUGUGCUGCUGCUAUUCACAGUGGAAUUAUUGACAACUCUGGAGGAAAAGUCUUAGUUCAAAAAGUUGCUGGUCAAUCUGGGUACAAGGGUAGUUUUUCCAAUGGAAUCCGCUCACUUUCAUUACCACGAUGGAGAGAAUCCUUCAUACUUUCAGAAGGCAAACCCAAAAGAGGCGUACAGUAUCCAUCAAUUCUGACCUAUUCAUCUUCUGAAAGCACAGUUACUAAAGGAAAUUCAUUACGGAAAGGGUCUCAGACAACUGCAGCUCCAUUACCAGCCACACAUGGUGCCGCUCACACAUUCAAACGCUUUACCACCACAACCGAAUUGGUCAGCACAACUCCAAAGGCAACCACCACUUCAACCACCAUUGCACCGAUGACCUUCACCAAAGUGACAACUGUUACAGUGGCAAAGCCUCUCGUUGCAGUGCACAAGGUCAGGGAUCUGGGCUCUAGCAAUGUCCAUCCAGUUUAUUCAGCAGUGGCAGCAGCCGCAGCAUCAAGACAAGUUCAAACUGUACAAGGAAGAACUCAAAAUCAAGCUACUGAAACAGAUGUAUGGAAGUCUGGAUCAAGCCUUUUGGACUCGGGUUUCAGCUCCAAGGAAGACAUAGUCCCAAAGCCUUUGAAGCCAGUUUCCCAGGGAAAUCCAAAUUGCAAAGUUGACUUAGCCUUCCUGAUAGAUGGGAGCUGGAGCAUUGGCAGGCGCCGUUUUCAGAUCCAGAAACAGUUCCUCAAAGAUGUAUCUCAAGCUUUGGAUGUUGGUCCAAUAGGGCCUCUCAUGGGCAUUGUUCAGUAUGGUGAUGACCCUUCUACUGAAUUUAACUUGAAGGCCUAUUCAAAUACCAAGGACUUAAAAAAUGCCAUUGAGAAAAUAUCCCAAAAAGGAGGCUUAUCCAAUGUUGGAAAAGCUUUGUCCUUUGUUAACAAAAACUACUUUGAAGAUGCCACCGGCAACCGAGGAGGUGCCCCCAACGUGGCUGUAGUGUUGGUGGAUGGAUGGCCCACCGAUAAGGUAGAAGAAGCCUCCAGGCUGGCACGGGAGUCUGGCAUUAACAUUUUCUUCGUCACCAUUGAAGGACCCGAUGAAAAUGAAAAGAAGAAUGUCGUUGAGACAAACUUUGUGGACAAGGCUGUAUGCAGGACCAAUGGAUACUAUUCUAUUCAUGUCACCAGUUGGUUUACCUUGUACAAAGUUGUGCAGCCUUUAGUGAAACGAGUCUGUGAUGUUGACCGUCUGGCUUGCAGCAAAACCUGCCUAAAUGCAGCUGACAUUGGGUUUGUCAUUGAUGGAUCUAGCAGCGUUGGCACAGGUAAUUUCCGCACCAUUCUGCAAUUUGUAGCCAAUAUUAGCAAAGAGUUUGAGAUUUCUGAUACAGAUACCCGGAUUGGAGCUGUGCAGUACACUUAUGAACAAAGGCUGGAGUUUGACUUUAACAAGCACAACACUAAGCAGGAGGUGCUGAAUGCUAUCAAAAGAAUCAACUAUUGGAGUGGAGGAACCAGCACUGGAGCGGCCAUUAACUUUGCCUUUGAGCAGCUCUUCAGCAAAUCCAAACCCAACAAGCGGAAAAUCAUGAUUUUAAUUACAGAUGGCAGAUCGUACGAUGAUGUCAGGGGACCAGCUUUAGCAGCACACCAAAAUGGUGUAAUAGCCUACUCAAUAGGAAUCGCAUGGGCUGCCCAAGAUGAACUGGAAGCUGUGGCAACUGACCCUGAUAAGGAACAUUCAUUCUUUGUGGAUGAAUUUGAUAGACUCUAUAGAUUUGUUCCUAAGAUCAUUCAGAACAUUUGUACAGAGUUCAAUUCACAGCCACGGAACUGAUUGCAUCCAGCUACAAGGGUUGCAUCACUGAAAUUGCAUCUGAUUAAUCAGGCAAUGCUAGAUGAGAAGUUUUUACCUAAAGGAUAAUUUCAGAUCUGCUCUCCAGGCAUAAACAUAAUAGAAGCUGUAGAGUA